AUGUACAGUUUCAUGGGUGGUGGCCUCUUCUGUGCCUGGGUGGGGACCAUCCUCCUGGUGGUAGCCACGGCGACAGACCACUGGAUGCAGUACCGGCUGUCAGGGGCCUUCGCCCACCAGGGCCUGUGGCGAUACUGCCUGGGCAGCAAGUGCUACCUGCAGACGGAAAGCAUUGGUAAGGCUCCAGGGCCCGGGCCGGGCUGUGCCUGGGAUCAGAGUCUCUUGCAGGGUAGACGCUGACAGCGGAAGGGCCACCUGUUUUGCAGAUUGCGAACCCUGAGGCUCAGAGAGGAAAAGGUUCCAGCUGAAGCUUACUGGAAUGCCACCCGGGCCUUCAUGAUCCUGUCCUCCCUGUGUGCCACCUCGGGCAUCAUCAUGGGCAUCAUGGCCUUCGCUCAGCAGUCCACGUUCACCCGCUUCUCCCGGCCCUUCUCCGCCGGCAUCAUGUUUUUCGCCUCCACCUUUUUCAUCCUACUGGCCUUGGCCAUCUACACUGGCGUCACCGUCAGCUUCCUCGGUCGCCGCUUUGGGGACUGGCGCUUCUCCUGGUCCUACAUCCUGGGCUGGGUGGCCCUGCUCAUGACUUUCUUUGCAGGGAUUUUCUACAUGUGCGCCUAUCGGAUGCAUGAAUGUCGGCGCCUGUCCACACCCCGCUGAGCCCAAAUGUCUGCCCCGGCUUCACCCAGAAGUGACAGUGAGGUCACUGAAGAGGAGGGGGAGGGUCUAGGGGCCUGAAAUCCUGGUUGCUAGGGGCAUGAGGGGGUCCGGUCCAGACUCUGGGUUGGGGGGGCCCCUGACUCCUGUUUCCCAAGGGGGAAGGAGCAAGAAUGGGGGCUGGUGGAAGCUGUUGAGGAGACCCAAGGCCCCACCCACCAGGGAGGUUGUUAGCGAAAUGGAAUCUCCACUAGAGCGACUUUUUGGAGUCUAAUA